CGCCUGCGCCCGUGCCCCCACACACACUAGCACCAGUAGCACUCACGCAGCCGUAUAAGUAGCACGCUCGGAGACGAGGCGAGACGGACACGGAGCAUCAGAACCGACACCCGACGCGACAAGCCAGGCGACACCCGAGCGGCACCCUCCUGCGCCGCUCCACAUAUCCAUCCAUCCAUCCGUACCAUACCAUGAAGUUCGCGUGCUUCGGUGGGGCCGCGGCCGUCGCCGACGAGGCGGUGGCUGCGAGGACUCACCACCGGACUCCACGCCGCCGGUGUCGGUUCUUCCUCGGCAGCAAGGCCGAGAAGUCGAAGUCGCAGUCGCCGUCGACGGUGACGAAGAGGAUCGCGUCGCCGGGCAGCCGGGAAGCGGACUUGGGUUUAUACGACAUGAUCGCUGCCAGCGCGGGCAAGUCGUCGUCUGUGCCGUCCUCGUCGGCGCUCAGCACCCCGGCGUCCCUGGACUCGGCCUACGCGUCGUCCUCACCCUCCUGCUCCUCCUCCCGGUCGUCCUCCUCUUCCUCGUCGUGCUUGGAUGUGACGACCACGCCGGCGAGGAAGCAGACGGAGGAGAGAAGGUCGCCCGCGGUCGGCGUGGCGGCGGUGCUGGUGUGCCUCUUGAUGAUGAUGUUCUGCGGCCGGCUUGGGGCCACGCUGCUUACAACGGCGGUGCUCUGCUUUUUCCCGCGAACAUGGCCGCCUGCCAGGGCCAAGAAGGCGGCCGAGAGCCCUCUGUUGGAGCCGUCAUCGCCGGAGAACGGCGCGGCGUCGAGGAGACAAGUGGGGACGACGAAGACGAAGGCGGUUAUGGAUGGGUUCCUUGUGAGGAACCGCAAGAAGUGAUCCAUCUUCCAACUUCUCCUUAGUUUUUUCUUUUACCACUUUUUUGUCCGAGAGUCUAUGUAAUUAUAAGAUUCGGAUUAAAACUUACACUAACAAAUGCUUGCAGAAUGAUAUCCUAUUGUUUUAGCAAAUACUUCGUCAAAAAUAAAAUACUAGUCUCAAAUGUGAGUUCAUAA